UCCAAGAAAACCUUAUCCAUCAAUAUCAUCAUCCUCUCUCCCAAAACCCCAAACCCGAGCUCCACUCUCAGACAGUCAGACACUUCUUCUUCUUCUUCCUCCUCUCCUCCAAACAAAUGAAACAAACAAAGUCAAAAACCAUACUCAUACUCCACAAAACAGCUUAAAACUCAUAAUACACUCACCCAAAAAUGGCAUUGACAACUGCCAAAAUAUCAGAAUUGCCACUGAGAAGAAACCCAUUCCCACAGACCUCUCACUCCCACUCCCACUCUCUGAACUUUCUCUUCUCCUCAGCCCCAAAUCUGUCAUUUCACAUCCUCAAAACCUUCUCUUCUCUCAGAACCACCACACAACACAGCGGCAAUAGCCAUAGCAAUAGCAGAAGCAAUACAACCCCUAAGCCUAAGCCUAAGCCUAAUCCCAAGGCUUCACCCAAACCCAAAUCCACGUCAGCCCCCUGGCUCAACAAAUGGCCCUCUCACACUCCCCCCGCCAAAAACGACGUCGUCGUCCGCGUCGAUGUCGAAGACCGAGUCGAGACUCGCUAUUUCGAUAACAAAGUUAAAGGACACAGCGCCAUCGAGAGAAUUGUGCUCCGGUUGCGGAACCUAGGGUUGGUAUCGGACGAAGAAUUGGAGGAGACCGACGAUGGAGUCGACGCAUUGCCGCCGCCGGCCACCGGAGAAGAGAAAUUGGGGGAUUUGUUGCGGCGGGAGUGGAUUCGGCCGGAUUUUAUAUUCGAAGAGAGCGAGAAUGGUCUUGACGAGUCGGUUUUGCCGUGGGAGAGAGAUGGGGAGGAGGAUGAGGUGGUGGAGGAUGAGGAGAGAGCGUGGACGCCGAAGAGGAGAGCGAAGGCGCCUUCGUUGGCGGAGCUGACUAUGGAGGACGAGGAGCUGAGGAGGUUGAGGAGGGAGGGAAUGUAUAUUAGAGAGAGGAUUAGCAUUCCGAAGGCGGGUAUUACCAAGGAGGUUUUGGAGAAAAUUCACGCAAAAUGGAGGAAGGAGGAGGUGGUUAGACUCAAGUUCCAUGAAGUUCUUGCUCAUGAUAUGAAAACCGCGCACGAGAUUGUCGAGCGACGGACGGGAGGGUUGGUUAUAUGGAGGUCGGGAAGUGUUAUGGUGGUGUACCGGGGAAGUAAUUAUGAAUGGCCUCCAAAAUCCCAACCUGUUCACAGGGAAGCUGAUGCUUUUUAUGUUCCCGAUGUUUCUUCUGCUGACAGUUCCAUGACAAGAAGCGGCAGUGAUGAAAGUUCAAGUCCAGAAAAGAUUGAGACUGCAAGUCCAGAAAAGAUUGAGACUGCAGUGAAAAUGCCAGACAGUCCUGUGAGCAUAACUGAGGAAGAAUCUGAAUACAACAAUCUACUAGAUGGUUUAGGUCCUCGUUUUGUUGAGUGGUGGGGUACAGGAGUACUUCCUGUUGAUGCUGAUGUGCUUCCUCAAAAGGUUCCUGGUUACAAAACACCUUUUAGGCUCCUUCCCACUGGAAUGCGAUCACGACUGACCAAUGCAGAGAUGACUAAUUUUAGGAAACUUGCAAAAUCACUACCUUCUCAUUUUGCCCUUGGGAGAAAUAGAAACCAUCAGGGUUUGGCAUCUGCUAUUAUUAAGCUUUGGGAGAAAAGUUUAAUCGUGAAGAUUGCUGUUAAACGGGGUAUCCAGAAUACAAACAACAAACUGAUGGCUGAGGAACUAAAGAAUUUAACAGGAGGUGUCUUGCUGCUAAGAAACAAAUAUUACAUUGUCAUGUACCGUGGAAAGGAUUUUGUCCCAACAAGUGUAGCUACUGUUUUGGCUGAAAGACAGGAAUUGGCUAAACGGGUCCAAGAUGUGGAAGAGAAAGUGCGGUGUGGACCAGUGGGUGCAGUUCAAUCGGAUGAAGAUGACAAACAGGCACUUCCAACAGGUGCAGCUACUGCUUUGGCUCAAAGACAGGAUUUGGUAAAACAGAGUCAAGUUGUGGAAGAUAAAGUUCAGUGUGAAGCAGUGGAUGUAGUUCAAGCAGGUGAAGAUCAAGAGCAGGCACUUGCAGGUACUUUGGCUGAGUUUUAUGAGGCUCAAGCUCGGUGGGGAAGAGAAAUAUCUGCUGAAGAGCGUGAGAAGAUGAUUGAAGAAGCUUCGAAAUCUAAGACUGCUAGGCUUGUGAAACGAAUUGAACAUAAAUUAGCCAUUGCCCAAACCAAAAAGCUUAGAGCAGAAAAACUUUUAGCUAAAAUUGAAGCAUCAAUGCUUCCUGCUGGUCCUGAUCAUGAUCAGGAAACAAUCACUGAGGAGGAACGGGUGAUGUUUCGCAGGGUUGGUUUAAGAAUGAAGGCAUAUUUACCUCUUGGCAUUCGUGGUGUUUUUGAUGGUGUCAUUGAGAAUAUGCACUUGCAUUGGAAGCAUAGAGAACUUGUGAAACUAAUAUCCAAACAAAAGACCCUUGCUUUUGUUGAAGACACAGCAAGGUUGUUGGAGUAUGAGAGUGGGGGAGUACUAGUAGCAAUAGAAAGAGUCCCUAAAGGAUAUGCUCUUAUUUACUAUCGUGGAAAGAACUAUAGGCGGCCCAUUAGCAUAAGGCCAAGAAACCUAUUGACGAAGGCAAAGGCACUAAAGCGUUCAGUGGCCAUGCAACGACAUGAGGCUCUUAGUCAGCACAUAUCUGAAUUGGAGAGAACCAUAGAGCAAAUGAAAAAAGAAAUUGGUAUUUCUCAAGAUGCAGAGGAUGGGAAUUCCUGGAGCUCUGAGGAUGCUAACGGACCUAACCAGAUUGGCACUCUCUCAGAGUUCACCCAAAGUGAGGAGGAAGCUUCGUGCAUGACUUCUGGUGGUGAAGAAGAUGAUGGCAUCAGUGAUUGGGAAGAUGAUGAAGAUGAUGAUGCUUGACAUAUUAAGUAUUUGCUCUGUUCAAGAAGUAGAUGACAGCUGUGUCAUUGCCGUUCGCCAAUUGAGUUACAUUUCCCCAGCAGGUAAUUUUGUGUGGAUGGCUUGCAACACUGCAUGGGCAAAUUUUCUUCUCAUGUGCAUUGACAGAGUGCUGGCGACUCUCGUACUCAUUAACAUUUCUCCCUUAAUGGAAAUUUGCCGUAAUUGCUCCAAAGGAUUGGAGGUAUGCCUGAAUAUUAUAUGCAUGCAGUAUGUCACUUGCACUACUCCAUCCGGUGCAGCAAACUAGGCUAUAUAUAUAGUCCCCACCUGUUCUUUUACCAUGCUCUUUGUCGAAUCAUCACUUUUAUUAUUAGCUCUAGCUGAAGCUUAUUAACAGGUUUCACAAGGUCUGUUUAGCAUGAGCCUGCCUUUCAUGGGAGGAGCGUAAUUUAGCACAAUUGUAGUAAUGUCCUUGAAAGCUAUUUUUAAGUCAAAUGUAUUUCAAAUUGUAAAAGCAUUUCUGGUGGUAAAAAAUGUGAAAGAUGACCACUAUUUCAGCUGUA